UCGCUGCGUGCUGACAGUCAUCGUGUGCUGCUUCAUUCAGAUCCUGGCUGGCAGUGCCAUGGAAGCGUGCCAUGCGCUUCGAAAGUCAGUGCAGUACCAUCCAAGAGGAGGAGCUUACUUGGACGCAAUGGUUCCAAAGCCUUCAGGGCCGAUGCUUCUCAGGACUGCACAGUUGUUGGCCAAAGCACAUCGCCCUGUCCCCGCGGCGACGCUGGCAACAGGCGAAGGACUUUCUUCUACCUCCACCUGCUGAGGAUGCAUCUGAGCAUGGACAGGCCUAUGGCCUUCCUUCUUGGCUGGGUCCAAAGCAUGAGUUUAUCAAUGACUUGUUGGAGGCGCAGUGGCCCUACAUCUCCCAAUGGUUCGAAGAUGCCAUGCGCCUGUCCUGUGAACCAGCGCUACAACACCUCAUGCCACCAGGCAUCACGAUCUCCUUCGGCGAAAGGUGUACCUUGGGAACCAAGCCCGCCAUCCUGGAGCAGAUCGUCGCCAGCAAAUUCUGGGAGGAGGACGGGACGACGAUACGCCUCGAUGCACAGCUCAACUACCGUGGCGACUGCCAUGUGGAUGUCACCUGCACCGUCGGGAGUUUGGAGUUGACCCGACUGGAGGUCAAGGGACAGAUUAUCAUCGAACUCGUCCGCCUACGAAAGCAACCACCCUGGUUCAGCGGUGUUCGCAUCUACUUCUCCAACCGUCCCACCAUUGAUUUGGUCCUCCAGACCCAACUUUUUGGGGUGGACGCGAAUUUUGCCUUCAUCAAGCAGAAGAUCGUGGAUGCAUUGACAAAGGUCAUCAGCAACCAGGCGGUCUUGCCACACCGUUUCUCAAUCCCCAUGGGCGAGGGCAUCCGCUUGAUGGACUUGAAGUCCCCAACGCCGCAGGGCGUCCUACGACUGCUGGUCUUGGAAGCCAAAGGGCUCCCAGAUCCCAGUCGCUCCAACUGGUCCAAUCUCAUGCUACGCAUCGGAUGGCAGAAGGCACAAACCGAGGCGGAUCCCUUCGCAGAGGUGACGAUUGGGGCUCAGGUGCAAAAGACCGGCGUGGUCGCACGGAGUCGUGCACCGCAGUGGACCGAUGGUCAAGCCUUCGACUUUGUCAUCGAAGAUCCCAAGCUCCAGAACCUCUACUUGGCGCUCCGCGACAACGACACGGGCGCGUUGGGCUGGAAUCAGAAUCAGCUCUUGGGUUCUGCAGAGAAGAAGCUCACGCAGCUCUUGGAAGGUCAGCACCUCGACCAGGGCCUUCCGGAGUUGUGGCUCCCCUUGGGCGGCUUCGCCUCCGCCAAACUCCGCGCCGAGUGGCGCCCCUUGAGCACUGGGACGGAAGGCGUGCCCACUGCGGGACACGUGCCGCUGCAUCCCACUGGCUCCUGGAGCAUUGGUCCUAAGAAUCAGCAUGAGUGGCUCUUAGUGGUCGACACUUUGAGCGCGUCCGCCCUGCCGAAGCACGGACUCGGCUUGAACCAUUGGGUGAAGCUCAGCAUCCAAUUUGACGGUGCGGAGAAAGGCAGCUAUGCUACAGGAGCUGCGGUGGGUGCUGGACCGGUCGAGCACGGGCAACAGAUGUUGGAACACAUGGGGCUCCGCCCGGAGAUUCGCCAGGUGCUGCAGUCACACCCAGAAAGGACUUCUGCUCAACAAACUCGUUGGGUGGUGUUAUCGAAGAUUUACUCCCUGUGGCGAUCACAAGUCUCGGCCGCACCUGCGGCUGUUGAGAUGGAACAGAAGGGCAACACAGUUUAUGGUCUCACGGGGCCUCCGGUCUUCGUGGAUGCCGUGUGGAAUCACAACGAGCGCAUCCUGGUGGAUUCCUUGCCAUCCAUGUCCUUGGUCCUCACCGUCCACCGAACGGAAAAAGGCCAGCGCAACAUGGAGGACGGCAGCGUGCUGGGCAGCGCUUCGAUGAAUUUGGAGGAGUUGUUGAAGGUUCACCAGGGCCGCUAUGAGGGCUUGCUGCCCCUCGGAAAGGACAAGGAAGCGCUGCGGACCUUGGCGCAUUUGCAAGUGCGCUUGCGCCUUCAUGCCUUAGCUCCUCCUCCUGCGCCGGGCAGCCGUUGCGCCGCCAAGGCGCCAUCUUCUCGCACGCGAGAGCAUUUCACUCGACAAGUGAGCUCCAAGUGGUAUGACGCCGUCUCCGCGGUGUCUCAAGAUGGCUUCAUGGCGAAGCUACGAAGCUCCUGGAGCUUCGGCCCGCGGGACGCUCCGUCUCUACUGAGCCCGGGCGAACCAGGCUCCGGACUCCACCCUACUCGCCCGGCGGCGGCGAGUGGCGGCUUCGUCGCCAAGCCGCCUUUGGAGCCCAAGCCUAGUGGGGCCGUUGACCGGUCCCAGCGCUAUGUGCGGAGGAACUCUCCAGAUCGCGAGGAGUACCAUGAGGUCCUCGAAGAUCAAGAUCAUUGCGAUUUGACCCUAGCGGAUCGGAUCCGCGCCAACGUCGGCCGAUUGGCCUCUGGAUGAGAGAAAAAAGAGAGUCUGCCCCAGUGACCGGAAACGC